AUGUUGUCAGCCCCCGUGUUCGACGUUUUCCGCAAACCCAGAUUAGAUGAAAGCAUCACUAAAGUGGAGUGGCGUACCUAUUACCCAUAUGAGAAAUCAUUCGAAAACAAUGAUGUCAUCAAUAUUACAGUCAAUCAAGCAGAUUCGUGGUUGGCCAUGUUUGAGGGCAUCAUUACCAUCAAGGGUAAAUUGGUUGUGACCGGAGGUGGUAUUGGUACAUUAACUCACAAUGCUGGAGCCUAUCUCUUCGAUUCCUGUACCUAUGAAUUGUGCAAUAAAGAAUUGGACACUGGAUACUUGUGUUACACACCUGAAGACUCACGCCAUCUAGCCAUAGCAGGCUGGAACUAUCCCAACGCUCCGAUUCUCAACGCCGAUAAAACGUUUAGCAUGAACAUUCUACUGAAACAUUUGUUUUCCAUCUUUAACGAUCAUCAAGUAGCAACGUGGGGCAAGCAGUCUAACCGUUUAGUGAGAGCUCGCAAUGAUGCCAACAGUGUGAAGGUUGUCGAGAGAGUGAAUACUGCUUUGCCAGGAUCUCCUCAGACUCAGAGCACUGCGAAAAUAACGAUUGAAAGCACCAAUUUGAAAGUGCCGCAUCUUACGCUCAACGAUGACAUAAAGUUGCAGUUGUUGACACGUAUCAAGGCAGAUGAGUCUAUGAUGAUACCGUUUCGUCGAUGGGAAUUGCACGAGCUACCAGCACUCACACAAGGAUCCACCAUAGAAAUCUGGUCAGUCCCAGAUAAUGCCAACAUCAAAUCCAUACGAUUGGUUCUGAAUAGCGACUAUUAUCCGCAAGAAAGAAUGCUAUUGGACUUUUCCAAAGACCAAUAUGCCGACGCUCACUUCAACUAUACAGAGUUCGACAAGAGCUAUCAUAACUGCCAAAAAAAACGCUCUCUAGUGGAUUUCAAUGAAUUCAAAACCCGACCAAUGUUUGUUAUCGAUUGCUCGAGGCGCCAUCUAGGCAUGAAGUCGUCUACAGUUGACAUUGAAGCGACGACAGGUUUCCCUCCCGACACCAAAGCCUAUUGCAUCAUCGUUCAUGACCAAAUCAUAGAACACCUCCCACUCAGCGAAAUUGUUCGAAAUAUCGCCUAG